AUGCCUGUGUCUCCUCUCAAUCGCUGUCUGCAUGUGGAAGCUCCUAUCUUAUACUGUACUCAUCCCAAUCCUGAGGAAAGACUGAGGUAUCACUGGGCACCAGGCAGAGCAGGGGUGUUGGAUCAGCAGUUCUUCAUCACAACCCAGCAGAGAAGCAGCAUGACCCUUUGUUCAAGCAACGUGGAGCUACAAAAUUUAACAGAAGUCUCAGAAUUCCAUCUCCUGGGACUCUCUGAGGAUCCAGAACUGCAACCCAUCCUCUUUGGACUCUUCCUGUGCAUGUACCUGGUCACAGUGCUUGGGAACCUGCUCAUCAUCCUGGCUGUCAGCUCUGACUCCCACCUCCACACCCCCAUGUACUUCUUCCUCUCUAUUCUUUCUUUAUCUGACAUUGGUUUUAUCUCCACCACAGUCCCAAAGAUGAUUGUGGGCAUCCUAACUCAUAGCAGAGUCAUCUCCUAUGGGGGAUGCCUGACACAGAUGUCUAUUUUCAUUUUUUUUGGAUGUAUGGAUGAUCUACUUCUUAGUGUGAUGGCCUAUGACUGGUAUGUGGCCAUCUGUCACCCCCUGCAUUACUUAGUCAUCAUGAAACCUCGCUUCUGUAGCUCCUUAGUAUGGCUGUCUAUUUUAGCUAGCCUUUUGGAAGCCCUCCUGCAUAUUGUGAUUGUGUUACAACUUACCUGCUUCAAGAAUGUAGAAAUUUUUAAUUUCUUUUGUAACCCUUCUCAACUUCUCAACCUUUCCUCGUAUGACACCUUUGCCAACAGCAUAGUUGUGUAUUUGGAUGCUUCUUUAUUUGGCUUUUUUCCAAUCUCAGGAAUCCUUUUCUCUUAUUAUAAGAUUGUUUCCUCCAUUCUGAGGAUCCCAUCACCAGGUGGGAAGUACAAAGCCUUCUCCACCUGUGGGUCUCACCUGGCAGUUGUUUGCUUAUAUUUUGGAACAGGCAGUGGAGCAUAUCUGGGUACAUCAGUGUCAUCUUCUCCCAGUAAGAGUGCAGUGGCCUCGGUGAUGUACAUGGUGGUUGCCCCUAUGUUGAACCCCUUCAUCUACAGCCUGAGGAACCGAGACAUUAAAAGCACUCUGCUUAGGCUCCACAGCAGGACAAUCUAG